CUCCUUGCUUGCGGGACGUGGGAAGAGUGGGCUGGGCUGAGGUGAGCGGUGUGAGAAUUGGGACGGCCUGUGCGCUAACCUGAAGUGGCGCCAGCCAUUCUGCUGCUCGUCCCCUUGCACUUUUCCAUCUCCUCUCAGAGCUUGAAUGGGGCCUUCUGCUGCGGGCACUAAGUGUGACCUUCGAACCCUGCUCAGAAUAAUGGUGAGGGGUGGCGUGACGUUAUUUCACUUCACGGCUUCGGGGCAUUCCACAGGUUUCCUCCCGCCUUCUCAGAGCCCUCCUUAACUCGGUGGUUUCGCAGGUCCAAAAACUGCGCUCGGAGUGGGGGGCCACGUUCCGGGAGGCGAAGGGCAUUGUGGGGCGUUAUGUAGAAGUAGGACCCCAACCGACAGAGCCUCUGUCCUCGCGCUGCCUGGGCACGUGGCAUCCUGGAGGGUCCCACCGUGCGAAGGCUCAGCCUGGCGCUUCGCACACGCCCGCACCCUCAAGUUCUGCUUUGUGGUGGUUGAUUUUUUUUUCAGUCACACAUGUGUGUCUGGGUCGUGUGGCUAUUGGACUGGCAGCACCUUUGCUUAGAUAAAAUUUUUGUGGUACAGAGACCCUGUGGGGUCUCCACAGAGACUGGAGUUUCUCCCCCAAAUCUUCUUCUUGCAUCCGGAGAAGGUUAAAAGUCUGUUUUUGUUUGGAAAGACCCUACCCUGACAUAGGAUCAAGGAAGAUUUAAAGGGCUAGGCUGAUUGUUUUCUUAACUGCACGUCUUACCUGGUGAUCAAGUAGUUUGAGAGAGAAGCUGUUUUUACUUAUUGUUCUCCCAAAAGCCAUGUCCAGGCCCUCCCUCAUCACCUUCACCCCGGCCACCAACCCCAGUGACCUCUGGAAAGAUGGGCAGCAGCAGUCACAGCCUGAAGAGCUGGAGCCCACCCUGAAUGGGGCUGCAGCCCGGGCUUUCUAUGAGGCCCUGAUUGCAGAAGAGAGCAGCAUCCCUGCAUCCCAGAGAUCUCAGCCUGAACCUGACAGGAAAAGAAAGAGGAAGAAGAGAAGAAUGAUGGGGGAAGCUGCUGUAGGAGCCUCAGCAGGACAUGGACAAAGGAGAUCCCUUGAGGCAGAGGACAAGAUGACCCAUUGGAUACUGAGGGCAGCCCAGGAGGGUGACCUAGCAGAACUAAGAAGGCUCUUGGAUCCCCACGAGGCAGGGGGAGCGGGGGGCAAUAUCAAUGCUCGGGAUGCCUUCUGGUGGACCCCCCUGAUGUGUGCUGCUCGAGCAGGCCAGGGGGCUGCUGUGCGCUAUCUCCUGGGCCGUGGAGCUGCCUGGGUGGGUGUCUGUGAGCUGGGUGGCAAGGAUGCUGCUCAGCUGGCUGAAGAAGCGGGUUUUCCUGAGGUGGCGCGCAUGGUCCGAGAGAGCCACGGAGAGACGAGGAAUCCAGAGAACCGGUCCCAAUCCCCUUCCUUCCAGUACUGCGAGACCUGCAAUGCUCACUUCCAAGACUCUAAUCAUUGGACAUCCACUGCUCACCUGCUGUCACUGCCUCGUGAUCUCAGGUCCCCCAACCUGCCCCUUGGGGUGCCCGCCUCCAGCCCAGGCUUUAAGCUGCUGCUGAGGGGAGGCUGGGAGCCUGGAAUGGGGCUGGGACCCCGGGGUGAGGGCCGCACCAACCCCAUCCCCACUGUCCUCAAGAGGGACCAGGAAGGAUUAGGCUACAGAUCGGUGCCCCAACCCCGAGUCACACACUUUCUGGCCCGAGAUACUCGGGCCAUAGCUGGGAGGGAGAGAGCCCCUCGGGUGACCACACUGAGCUGGAGAGAGGAGAGAAGGCAGGAGGAGAAAGACAGGGCCUGGGAGUGGGAUCUGAGGACAUACAUGAACCUUGAGUUCUGACCUUGGUAAGGUCUGAUCCUGAUCUAUUGCUGAAGUCUGAACUUGGACCUAGGCACUUUAGCUUUUACUUCUGGGGGUCUGUCCAGGUUCCAAACACUCAGAUUGUAGUCAGUGGGCUCUGCCUUUCGGAGAGAGAAGCUGAGAGCUGAAAAAUAAAUCAAAUUUCUUCUUUUGUGUUUUA